AUGUCGUUUGUUCUAAUAUCGAAGAUGGCGAAGUUGAAGAUUAACCAUAUGCGACACACAUUUACUACCAUGCAAAGAAGCACAACCGUUAUGCCGGUGCUAAGUCAAUUCUUGAAUAAUAGAUUGAUCGGAAAAGAAUUCAGUUCCGACGCCAUCGACCACACUAGGUUGAAGAGAGAAGACUACAAGCUGACUAUACACGACAUCGUUUUCUCCCCGUGGCAGCCUCUUAUAGUACCCAAUGAUUGGAAAGAUUUCAAUAAUGGAAAAGAAGGUGUCCGUAGAUACAGACAUGAGGACUUACCCCCUAAACAUUUUGCGGGUCUGUAUGAGCUCGGUGUAGCUCUCAUCGGUGAUCAAGACCUAGGCGAAAAGUUUGAUCCUGAAAAUGUUUUUGCUAUAUAUCUAGGACAAAGUGUUGACCUGAGAUCAAGACUCCAAGAAUAUGGAAGAAGCGGUGGUCAUUUGGCGCCCCACGGUUUAUAUAAAUUCAUAUUCUCGGAACAAAGCUCGAUUUUUUUUAGAUAUGCUCUGUGGGAAGCUGCUGCAGCAGAAAGGAUGCUUUUGAGCAGAGUUGAAUAUGCAUUGAACAGAUGCAAGAACGGGGAACGACGCCAGCUUGAGUUACUUACGAAGCUCAACGAUCCCGAGUUUAUGAGCAAGAGAAAGUCACAAGUGCUGGACCAAGUUGUUACCAGAAUCAAAGAAGAGAAGAGUAACAAUAAUUUGCUCACUUCAAUAAUCAAACAGAUGAGACCAUUUGGUUAA